GCAGCUCGUUUACAGGCACAGGCGCAGACGGACCGACUGGCUGGAGCUCGAGCGGAUUGCCGUAGUUAACGGACACACUGCACAAUGCGUGAAUACAAGUUAGUAGUCCUCGGAUCAGGAGGUGUUGGCAAGUCUGCGCUGACUGUUCAAUUUGUCCAAGGGAUCUUUGUGGAGAAGUAUGACCCUACAAUAGAAGACUCGUACAGAAAGCAAGUGGAGGUGGAUGGACAGCAGUGUAUGUUGGAAAUUCUGGAUACUGCCGGAACGGAACAAUUCACAGCCAUGAGGGACCUGUACAUGAAGAACGGCCAGGGCUUUGCACUAGUUUACUCCAUAACAGCACAGUCCACCUUCAACGACCUGCAGGACUUGAGAGAACAAAUUCUGCGGGUGAAAGACACAGAUGAUGUGCCGAUGAUCCUGGUGGGCAAUAAGUGUGAUCUGGAGGACGAGAGGGUGGUGGGCAAGGAGCAGGGGCAGAAUCUUGCCCGGCAGUGGAACAGCUGCGCCUUUCUGGAGUCCUCCGCAAAAUCCAAGAUUAACGUCAAUGAGAUUUUCUAUGACCUGGUCCGGCAAAUCAACAGGAAAACUCCAGUAACUGGAAAGCCACGCAAAAAGUCCACCUGCCAGUUGCUCUAAUACACAGCUGUUCUUUUGCUCUGAGCCAGGUCUGAUUUACUGCUGUGUCUAUCAGCAGUGCCAGCAUUCCGACGUUACUAAAACCUAACAUCGAAUGGACUUUCCUAUGUGGUGAUGCCCCUUUAACAAACCAACCAACCAACCAACAACCAACCAAUGGAUUCAAGGCUACAGUACCAUGACAGUUUUUUGCACAUAGAUAACCAUCAUCACUUUCCAAUGUCGCGAGAAAGAGAUUUUUACAUAUAAAUAUAUAAAUAUAUAUUCUAACUGUAUGCAACCGAAUAAACAAAUGAGUAAAUGAAUACAAAGCUAGACAAAAAUAAUUUUAAAAAUUACAGAGCCUACACGCAGUGUUAUCGCUAACGGAAACAGCCACCGUUGUAAAUGUAAGGAGGGAAUGUCUAACCAGGCUGUGCACGUUGACAUGGCAAUUACAAUGAUAUUUAUAAGCACCACUAUUUUAGCCAGAGAGGAGAGGAAGUCCAAAGAACUCCUAUAUAAACCAUUCUUACAGCUAACUUUCACUCCUUGUUUUUUUUUUUUUUUUUUUUUUUGUAACUUUAUUUUUUUGCUUUUAUUCUAAACAUGAUUUCUUCUGCCUUUAUUUCUCUUUUAUAAAUUACUAGAUUUUUUUUUUUUUCGCUCUAUGGAGAUGUUAUAUUCACAACAGCUAUUGAUUGAUUGAGUUUUACCUUAGGAAAACCUGUGGAUACAAUGAUGUACAUGUAAAAAGUUGAAAAAAUAUAAUUUUUUUUUCUGUCGCUAUCAUUGUCCUUAGCCUCAGAUGUUGCCUUCGAGUAUGUGUUAAGACCCUUUUGUGUCUCUUUCUCUCUUUUUUUAUAUAAAUAUAUAAUUUAGGUCCAUCUCAUAGCCUACGCCGAACUUUGUACAGCAGGCUUUUUCAAAAAACAAAAAAUAAAAAAGGGGGUAUUUAAAAAAAUAAAGGGUUUGACAGUUUAGUUGUAGUACCCCUCAUACUGUAUCCGAUCAUCUUUUUGGGUGGUUUGGUUAUGAAUAGUCAAAUCCCUCUUGAUCCUGAUCAAAUGUUGGACAAAUAUACAGUAUAAAUAUAUAUAUUUUAAAAACAAAUUGGGGGUUUUAAUACACACGACUCAAACUUUGCUCCUUUUGCUUGCUGGUGUCAACCGAGGAUAUGAAAACCAAAUAUUGGAUCCUGAGGAAACUAUGUCUGUUAGUGACUUUGUAAUAAUUUGCCCUGUUUUCUGUCUUCGUUAGUGUUGGAUUAACUGAAUGUGAGGGUGUGUGUUAAAAAAUGGGAAGAAUCGAUUCGAACUUUAAAAGAAUUAAUCGCACAUCAAGUGCGAUGGGAAAAGGUGUUCAUAAUGCGCUCUGUAAAGCAGUUGUAGCAUGAAAUGCGUGUCUCUUUAAACAUCAGAAGGACAGGGUGCAGCAUGCCGUAUGUACACGUAAUGAAUUGUUUAUGAAUGCUUUGAGGAUUUGCACUGUGUAAAGUGAAGAACACGACUCCUAGGGAGUGUCCGAAACACAGGCGGACACGGGUAAUUAUUACGAGUCUUGUGUUGUUCUGAUUACUGCAAGCAAAUGCCUUGAUGCUGUUAAAGGUUUGAUUGAGAAAAAAAAAUGAC